GUUUUGAUGACGUAGCACGCAACAACAGUCGGCCAGACUGUAAACGACGUUAAACUACGGUACAAUUUCGUCCGCGCUUUUAUUUCAGAACGGGUACUUUGUCUAAGUGUUCUCGGAUGCAGCUAUGAACUGGAACAAGGGAGGACCGAGCGGUAAACGAGGUUUUGGCUUCGGAGGAUUUUCUCUCUCCGGGGGUAAGAAAGAGGAGCCGCGGGUGAGCCAGCAGUCCCACGGCGCGUUCGGGGCCCCGGGCUCUGCGGGAGGGUAUGGCAAAAACCAGCAGCAGCUGCCUGCCUUCUACAAGAUCGGAACCAAACGUGCAAAUUUUGAUGAGGAAAAUGCCUAUUUCGAGGACGACGAGGAGGAAUCGAGUGCGGCGGAUCUGCCGUACAUCCCCGCAGAGAACUCUCCUACCAGGCAGCAGAUGCAGUCCGGAGGAGGAGGAGGAGGGAGUGGAGGAGGAGGAGGUGAAGGAGGAUCGGACAGCGAAGACGACCCCCUUGAUGCCUUUAUGGCUGAGGUGGAGAACCAAGCAGCCAAGGACAUGAGGAAACUCGAGGACAAGGAAAAGGAGAAAAAGCUGACCAAGGGAAUUCGAGAUGACAUUGAAGAGGAAGAUGAGCAAGAGGCUUAUUUCCGUUAUAUGGCGGAGAACCCGACAGCCGGGCUGAUCCAGGAGGAAGAGGAUGAGAACGUGGACUACGACAGCGACGGGAACCCCAUCCCCCCUACCACUAAAAAGAUUAUCAUGCCACUGCCUCCUAUUGAUCACACUGAGAUCGACUACUCUCCUUUCGAGAAGAACUUCUACAACGAGCAUGAAGAGCUCAACAGCUUGACCGGAACUCAAGUGGUGGAGCUGAGACACAAACUCAACCUCAGGGUGUCCGGCGCGGCUCCUCCCAAGCCCUGCACCAGUUUCGCUCAUUUCGGCUUCGACGAGCAGCUCAUGAACCAGAUCCGCAAGUCCGAGUACACGCAGCCCACGCCCAUCCAGUGCCAGGGUGUCCCUAUAGCACUGAGCGGCAGAGACAUCAUCGGCAUCGCCAAGACGGGUAGCGGCAAGACGGCCGCCUUCAUCUGGCCGAUGCUGGUGCACAUCAUGGAUCAGAAGGAGCUGGAGCAGGGCGAGGGACCCAUCGCUGUGAUCGUCUGCCCCACCAGAGAGCUCUGUCAGCAGAUCCACACAGAGUGUAAGCGCUUCGGGAAGGCCUACGGGUUGCGCUCGGUGGCCGUGUACGGAGGAGGCAGUAUGUGGGAACAGGCCAAGGCUCUACAGGAAGGGGCCGAGAUCGUCGUCUGCACCCCGGGUCGCCUGAUAGAUCACAUAAAGAAGAAGGCGACAUCCCUGCAGAGAGUGACCUACCUGGUUUUUGAUGAGGCUGAUCGAAUGUUCGAUAUGGGUUUCGAGUAUCAAGUGAGAUCCAUCGCCAGCCACGUCAGACCAGACCGACAGACUCUGCUGUUUAGUGCCACGUUCAGGAAGAAGAUCGAGAAGCUGGCGCGGGACAUUCUCAUCGACCCGAUCCGCGUAGUGCAGGGGGACAUCGGAGAGGCGAACGAGGAUGUGACCCAGCUGGUGGAGGUGUUGCCGAGCGGCUCAGAUAAGUGGGCGUGGCUGACGCGGAGGCUGGUGGAGUUCACCUCCUCUGGCUCCGUGCUCAUUUUCGUAACUAAGAAGGCCAACUCUGACGAGCUGGCCACUAACCUGCAGCAGGAAGGCUACAGCCUGGGUCUGCUGCACGGAGACAUGGACCAGAGCGAGAGGAACAAGGUCAUCAGCGACUUCAAGAAGAAGAACUUACCUGUUUUGGUGGCCACUGAUGUCGCAGCUCGUGGAUUGGACAUUCCCUCCAUUCGCACUGUUGUAAAUUACGACGUUGCCCGGGACAUUGACACACACACGCAUCGCAUUGGCCGGACUGGUCGUGCCGGAGAGAAGGGUGUGGCCUAUACGCUGCUCACAAACAAAGACACCUCGUUCGCCGGCGACCUUGUUCGUAAUUUAGAGGGAGCGAAUCAGAGCGUCCCGAAGGAGCUGUUGGAUUUGGCCAUGCAGAACUCCUGGUUCAGGAAGUCCCGAUUCAAGAGCGGAAAAGGAAAGAAGCUGAACAUUGGAGGCGGAGGUCUCGGCUACAGGGAGAGACCAGGCUUAGGAUCCGAUUCCUCAGAGCGCGGUAGUGGUAGUGGUUCUGCUCUCGGGAACUACGAGGCUUAUAAACCCCCUACUGGAGCUAUGGGGGAUCGCAUGGCUGCCAUGAAGCAAGCCUUUCAGGCUCAGUACAAGAACCACUUUGUGGCAGCAUCAGGUAGAUCUCCCAAGCUCAGCGCCCAGUCUAACAGCACCUCAGGUUGGACGAGCGCAGGCAGUCUGAGUUCUGUGCCCUCCGGAGCCCCCGAAGGGAGCCGCACGCUGUCGUCUUCCUCGCCCAUGCCCCCUCCUCCUCCAUCUUUUAGUUUGGGCACUAAGCUAGCCGGGUUCAGCAGUGCCGGCUCAUUGAGCUCGAUACCAGACUCUUACUCCUCCUCCUCCUCCUCCUCCUCCUCCUCCUCCUCCCCCUCCUCCUCCUACUCCUCCUCCUCCAGAGAGGAUUCCCGGCAAGACAGGAGCCGGCACAGCGACGGCCAUCAUCGUCACAGCGACAGGGAUCGGCACGGGGACAGGGAUCGCUAUGGCGAUCGCGACAGGGAUAGAGAUCGCCACAGCGAUAGCCGCAACGGCGACGGCGGCCGCCGGGAGAGGGACAGUGGGAGGGGAGAAAGGGAGGGCAGCGACAGGUCGAGCUCACACAGAGGAGGCGAGGACAGCUUUGCCGUUCCGGAUCCGCCCAAACGGAAGAAGAGCAGGUGGGACAGUUAGAGCUGAACCUGCGGGAGACGCCAAAUAAGCAGCUCUGAGAUCAUACCAGGCUUCUCAGCGGGGCCCAUCUGUCUGCAGUUACUCAAAUGUCAACCUAUAAAGACUUUGAGGGAGUCAAAUCUGCCUGUUCUGUUUCUGACAGGCGGUUGGUCGGGUUGUUUUGAAGCUGUACAAGAGGAAGCGUGAAUUAUAGAGAAGCUGAUAGCAAAUGUAGUUAUCCCAGACUUUCUCUGUAGCUGUGUGUGUGUGUGUGUGUGUGUGUGUGUGUGUGUGUGUGUGCGCGCGCGCGUGUGGAUUCAUAUUUCUGUUAACAAGUCAUUUUUUGGGGAGGGAUAAUUAGCGGUUUGUUUAGGGUGCAAAACUGACUUUGUGAGUUGAAAAGAAAAAUAAAAUCCAUUAUAAGGCAGUUUCAACAUUUUUAUGAUUGUACAUGAAACUUUCAGUCACUGAUUUAAAGAUCCAGCAUAUCUGUGAGUGAUCUAUUUUGUAGGUUUUUGUCUUUUGUUCUGUAUUUUACUACAUACCAUUACAAGUUCGGACAGAUUUGUGCCUGAUCUCUGUCCUGUCUGUGAUUUAUGUAUCUUGAAGCAAAACUAAGUAUGCUUAUGUACUAGGUUUCCUUUAAGCUCUAAUGAGACUGAAGGGUAUCGAGUGUGUUACCAGCAGCGACAUCAUAAAAACAACAAAAAUCUAAUACUAAAUCCGGUGGAAAUCCUGGGAUAAAAUAUGUGCUGUGUUAAUUUUUUUAUUUCCAGUGUACUAGAUUCUGAAGGCUUAUCUUUCAGCAAUGUUCAUGUAUUUCAUCUGUUUUCGUGAUCCUGGUGCAAAUACAUCAACCAUACAAUAUCAACCUGGCUUGAAUAAUAAAAAGGUUUAAGACCUCAUUAAAGAA